UCGCAAUGUAGCAGGCAUGUUGCGGAGCGCGUCGCCAGUCGCACGCUGCCGCCGAGACGGACUGGACCGCGGACCACCCGGACCCGAACUCCACAGCUCCUCCAAGAUGGUGCAGUACGCGCUGCUGAUGCUACUGCUGCCGCUGGCCGUGGUGGCCUCUUGCCCGUGCCCGCCCGCACCAGACGCCUCCGCCAAGGUGUGCGGCUCCAACCACCACACGUACGACAGCACCUGCCACCUCGAGUGCGCCAAAGUACCCGGUCUCACGGUGUCCCACUCGGGGCCGUGCAGCGCGUUGGACAUGGCCAGGAGGCUCCUGACGGCCAACGGCACCCACCCCCGGCGCCGGCCAGCACGCUCGGCCUCGGAGGACUACAAGAAGUACAAGGAGUGCGACAGAAACCAGUGCGGACGGCCUAGCUGCGGGUGCCAAGCUGACGAGUGGGAUUGCAAUCGCAUGUGCUACUACAACUGCCGCUGCUCCUCUUGCCUCGGGAUCCCCGGCGGCGACCUGGACUCCGGCGACAAGUGGAGCUCGUGCGUCAAGGAGAGGGGCUGCUUGAGGACAUGGCACGAGUGCUGGGACAGCUGUACGACACGGGACUGCGCAGACGCGUGCGAGUUGGACCGCCCGAAGUGCGAGUGCGGGUGCAUGGAAGUGGCCCGCGGCAACGCCAGCGAGGAGCCUGUCGACAACGACCCCUCCAGGUUUCCAUACGGGGAGGAGCCGAGCGCGUCCCCAGCGCUGCGGCCCGCGCUCGGCGUGGACAUCGCGAUCAACCAGCCCCCGGCGCCACCCGGGACCGGCCCGCUCAGCCUCAAGUGCUCAUGCGAGUGGGUGUGAGCGCGAAGGACUUGCAGAGCCAAGGUUAUUGAGGAAUAAAUAAAGACAAGCUUCAA